ACGUGGGCUCUGAUUGGCUGAGGGGAUGAUUCGGUCACUCCCAUCACAGAGAUUUGAAAACUGCAGGGAAAAGGAGGGAGAGCAGUCUUAGAAAAGAGACGUUGAUUUUCAGACAUGGCUCCCAGGAAAAGAACCACAAAGCAGCGGAAAAACAGCCCGAAAACGGCUAAGCUGGAGGCUUUUCUGGAGGAUUUCGACAGUGAAGUGAAGACCAGAGUGGGCCAGAUGAGGGAGAGGAUCAACCAGCUGCUGAAGGACGUGGAUAACGGCUACAACAUGGCUCUGAUCAAGCUGCCCAGAGCCGUGAGGCAGAUGAACUGGCUGCAGCUCUGUGGCGAUCCAGACAAAUCCAACGCUGCAGAGGUAGACGAUGUAAAGAGACGAGAGGAGGCCGCCAUCUUGGAGAGCGUGGUGGCGGAGGACCACGCCGUCCUCCUCAAGUCUGUCAAGAAAACCACCAGGAAGAAAGGUGGAGCAAAGUCCGGCUGCAACGAAAACGUCCUGAACUCCACCAGGAAGACCCGAACCGCCAGAAAACCCCCGUCUACAACAAAGAGGUCAAAGGUUCUGGAUAUGAGCAAGGAGGGCAGCACCAUCAGACGCUCCAACAGGAAGCCUCUGGUGACCCCCGCCAGGAACCUGCUGGACUCCUCCCUGAUGAUGGGCCCCACCCCCCUCAUCACGCCGCGCUUCGACCCCAGACUGCCGAAGACGCCCGCCGUCAGAGUCCCGCGCCACAAGGAGCGGGUCUUCAGCAUGUCGGUCAACGGCUCCCCCAUCCAGGCAGGAAGUGACAUCGUCAUCAACGUUCCAGUCGGGAACGGAGAGAGCAUCCAGCUGCUGGCCAGUGAGAUGGACUCUCUGGACCUGACGCUGCUGGACGAGUCGGCGCUGAGGAGCAUCCGGCUGCUGAAGAACCGCCUGACCACGCUCUGCGGGCCGUCGGAGUAGCAGCAGCUGGAGCUCUGGCCCGGUUUUUAUAUUCUUGUUUUUUUGUUUUGGUUCUUUUUUUCUGGUUUUAGUUUUUUGUAAAUUUUCUGUUGAAAAAUCGAUCAGAACUGAUUCUGCCCUCUGAGAUCCAUUUGAUCCAGAACAAGUUCUGUAAAUAUUCCAUGUUUCAAUAAACCCAGUAGAACCUC